AUGGAGGAAAUAUUAAACGAUUCCGUCGUUACCGAUGAAUUGGAGAGAUUUGAGAAAAAAUACAACCAAGAGCGAAAGGAGGGUGCUGUUUCGACCACAACACAGUUCGAAUAUGCGUACUGCAUGGUGCGGAGUGACUUUGCCAGCGAUAUGAAAACGGGACUUGUGCUACUGGAGGAUCUGUUCGUAAAACAUCCGGAAGGGCGGCGCGAUUAUCUUUACUAUAUGGCAAUCGGGCAUACGCGACUAAAGGAAUACUCGGAGGCGCUGAAACACGCACAGGCUUUUUUGGAAAUUGAACCGAACAAUCAGCAGGUUAUAGCGCUGGAAGAUUUAAUCAAGAAACGUAUGGACAUCGAAGGGAUAAAGGGUGUAGCCAAGGCGACCGGUGCGGUACUCGUGGUCGGUGGCAUUUUAGGGUUAGGAUUGGCGCUGCUGAAGAAAUGA